AUGAAUUCACACGGGUAUUUUGACAGUAUUAAUAUACUAAAUGGAUUCCAAGACUACAGUAAAUUAAACUUUGACGGUGUCCAGGAUAUAAAUUUCUUUUUCCUCAAAUAUGGACUCGAAAUAAUCUGGUUUACUGCAAUUUUAGACAUUUCCAAUGUAUCCUUGUAUCAGAUAAAUGAUAGAGGUUUCUAUGGUGUUGCUGCCUAUCCUGUGGUCAAUGGAACACAAAUAAUUGCAGACAGUUGUAAUUACGGAGCCCUUUUAAUAAUUCAAAGUCAAAAUGGAUCUGUCCUUAUUUUACGUUUCACUAAAAUCCUGAACAACUAUUAUUUACGGUCAAUUCAAGAUUUUGAAUUGAAUGAUAUGACCCACUUAACAAUUUGGAAAGGAAUGAAUCAGUUGCAUUUAGGCAUUGCAUCUGAUUCAAAUGUUUCAAUUUUCACUUGGUUUGGUAACUACUUUGAUCUGAUACAAAUUAUUAAUGUUGGUACUAAGAAGUUAAUCCCCUUUCAAAGCAAAGGGUUUAUGUACCUGGCAAUAACUGGCUCUACAACCUAUGUUUUUAAGUAUUUUUUAAAGUCUAAUGAGUUUCUAGUAAUGCAAAGGUUACCAUUCAGUCAGGACGUUUCAUUUUUUGAAUUAAAGAAUGGUCAUUUCAUGGAACACUUUCUAAGCUUGUCCACAGAAUCUUUAACUGUCAUUUACAAAGAAAUCCAUGACCGUUUUGUACCAUUUCAACAAAUUUCCUCUGGCAAAUUUGCUGUUCCCAUUAUUUUAAAUAGAGCAAUUAUACUCUUAACUUGGCACGAAGACACAAUGGUAACUUUUCAGUAUGAUGGGUGGCGAUUCGUUGAAUUACAUAUAAGACUGUCUGGAAUUAGUCAUUUUCAUCAAGUUAUAUUGUACGGAAAGAAAUUCUUAUUGGUGAAGGAUAAACAUAAUAGAUGGAUAUUGAAAGAACUGCUGUGGAUAAAAAAGAAAUCUUAUAAAGAUCUGCAAAAAGAAAUAAAGAUAUGGAAUAUAAAUGCUAUGAAUACAGUUCAGAAAAGGGUGGAAGAAGUUCCACAACUAAAUAAUCCUAUUAGAAUUUUGAGAGGUCAUAUUGAUCAACUUCAUGUUCACAAUAUAAAUGAACACAACUCACAGAAAUUAAAGAGCGUAUCAGAGCAAUAUAAAAACCUGGUUUCAAAAUUUCAAGGGCAGAAAAUUAUCAUAAAUAAUAAGUGGCACCCUGAAAAUUUAACUCUUAUAUCUUUGCAUGCAAAGAGGAUUCAAGUAAAAUGUAAAAUAAAAUGCAAAAUCAACAAAUUAAAUGUUAAAAGGAAUGCUAAUCUUCUGUCCAAGUUAACAAUGUCAAAUAACAUGAAUGCAGAUUUGAGUUACAAAAAAUUGAAAGUUAAAGAAAUAAAAAAUUGGAAAUGCCCAUUUGUCAGUCUUCCAAUAGAAGAUAUUAUUAUUGAUAAGUCAAUAAAUGGAAUAUCCUUAAGUAAUUUACUGGAGAAUGCUUUGAAAGUGUCUGCAAAUCAAGAAGUCUUAGGAGAGCACACUUUCAGUAAUGUGAAUGUGACAAAUGCUUCUAUGUUGAUGAAUAUUGCCACAUAUUUAACAAAACAAGAAGUGAAGAUAAAAGAUGUGAAAGUUAGAGAAUUAAACUUAACAGAGGGUGGAAUUUUAUUGCCAUUAAAUGGUACAUUCACAAUAAUGACUGGUUCGAUCAAUGUACAUAAGUUAAAAGUGAAGGAGAAUCUGCGAUUGCAAGGAUCAUUUACAGGAAAAUGGGCAACACAAGUAUCACCUAUAAUAUUCACUUCUCAGCCUAUGAUUUUGGAUGGUAAUUUCAACUUGGAAAAUGUUAAGAUUGAGAAUUUGAAUUCUACAGACUUAAUUGUCAACAAAAUAGGAUUAGUGAAGAAUAUUUUAUCAAAUGCAAUAUCUUUAUACAAUAAUGUACCAGUGUCUUUAUUACUUUCCAGCAAAGCAAUGAAAUGGAGUAACAUUACUUUACAUGGCCACCAAAAUUGGAUCACUGCAAAUUCUCAAAAUGUUAUUAUGACAUCAGCAAGAAAGAAAUUUCUGCACAAUGUUGAAGUACCACAAGUUUCUUAUAAUAACUUAAAACUUCUACGGUAUACAAACCUAUGUGCUAUUACCAUAAUUGCACCUGAAAUUAGAACUUUUACAUUAGCAGUGAAUAACAUUACUGUGAAAAGUUUAACAAGUUCACGUGUUUUUGGAAAUUUAGGAGAAAGACACUUUUCUGAUAACUCAACAUUUCUAUUUGAAUCUAUUUUGCCUGGUGAACAAUACUAUCGUAAUAUUACUACAAAAAAUAUAAUUACAACACACCUAAAUAAUAUAAAUUUAAGAGUACUGAAGAUGCUUGCAAAUUCAUGGGUUGAACCCAAUGUCUUCAACGCUUCAAUUGAAACAACCAAUUUAAUAAUAAACAAUCUUCUAUUUCCUAUUGAAUUUCAUGAAAAACUUGUCAGAAUAAGAAAAAAUAUAAUUUUAGAGCAAGAUACUCAUGUGGAUGAUAUUAAUCAUGUUAAUUUUGCUAAUCUCUUGGCUAAUGCCAUAAAACUUGAAGAUAUGAUACCUUUACAAAAUAUAACAUUCAGUAAAGGUUUUACCUCAAACCGUAUGCAUACCUUUUAUUUUCCAUCAUACUUGAUGGAAAUGAAAAGAGACUUUAAUCUUCAUGAAAAAAGAAUUUCUGGAAAUAUAGAAGUGAAUACAAUGAAUCUAGCAUAUUCUUUUGAACUUACCGAAAAUAAUAUUCCAGUUAAUAUUAUUGUCAAGGAACUUGCAACUUUCCCAAUGGAACCAAUAAUAAAAAAUAUAAAUAACACUAAAUUGGAAGAACUGUUUACAGAGGUUUGGAUAGCAACAAAUCUAACUACCUUCCAUGGAAAAAAUCUGUAUAUAAAGGAUGCACUGAUGAAAGGAAACAUUUCUCUAAGUAAUUCUACAAAUAUCUUAAAUUCUGCAAUAUGGAAGGACAUUUCUGAACGUGUUUUGAGCAAGACAAAAUUACAGAAAAUAAUAGUUCCUGUCUUUUUGCAUAACAUUAAAGUCCCUGCUAUUGUAGAUUCAAGUGUUUCAAUUAUAAAAUCUUCAGUAUCAGAUAUUAAUGACAUGUUCAAUAAUUUACUGGUGAAAAAUACAGAUCAAAAAGUGCAAGUGAAGUGGACAUUCAAUACAUUAAAGAUCUUAGGGAAGUUGUACGUAAAAAACAGAAUGAACAGCAUGGAUCUUAAGAAGGAUGUAAUGAGAAACGAUUUUAAGGAAAAUAUUGUAACUGAAAAGAAAAUAAUUAAUGUUUUGACUGUGGAAAAUUUGAAUGGAUAUGGUUUUGAUAAAUGGGCUAAAAAUGUUCUGAUGCAGAAGAAAAAACAUGUAACCAUCAAGGGACGAAAGAAGUUUAAUACUGUUACCUUUAGCAAUAUAAAGGUAUCUGGAACUAUAAUGGAAUAUAAUAUUGCAGAAGCAUUAUCAAAGUCUAAGAAUCAAACAAUCUAUGGUCAAAAAAUAAUUCAAGGUUCUAUUAAUGCAUCCGAGCUUAUUAUUAAUGGUUUAAUAAAUGAUGUAAACCUGACUAAAUUGAUGGAUCAUCAAUUGAAAAAACAUAAAUCUCUACAGAAAAUAAGAACAGGAAUCGAAUUGCAGAAUAGCUUAAACAUUGUUGGAAAUCUGACAAUUAAUGGUACUUAUUCAGGGGCAGAAAUGAAGAACUUUUACCAAAGUUAUUUUAAUGAAAUGCCUAUUGCAGAGAAAAUAAAGAAAUUUUCAAGAGCAGCAGAAACAAUUAACACCGCACUACGAAAUAGAGUAGCCUACAUAAAUAAAUUGAAAGUCAUAAAAGACAUCAUUCAUACCUCUAAUAAAUCAGCAAGUAUUCAAAAAGCACAAUGCAAAGCUGCAAACUUUUCUUCAUAUUGUACUAAUCAACGUUUAACAAAUCUUGUUUUCAAAAUGAAUAUUAGUGAUUUUAUAUUGAUAGAAUCGAUUACGUUGAACGAAAUCGAAUUCAUCAUAGUGGUAAAGUUUGAUGCAGUGUCUAUAUAUUCAUACAGUAAUGAACAAAAUAAUCUUAUUCACUUAAAAGACUUACACAUUCCAAAGAUAAUGGACGCGUUCGUGGAGCCCAUGUUACAUUCUCUAUGGAUCAUGCUACGAUUGCCAUCGCAGACAUUGGUGUUACACUAUCAGGCGUGGAAGGAUUUGCAAGAAUAUGUUUUGCCAGCUACGGAUGUAUUCAUAGUAAGUCGAACGCGGAACGAUCAGCUCUUAUUAUUGUUGUCAGACGGCGUAUGGAAUCUUAUGGGACUCGCGAGUCCUCGAAAGAUCAUUGGAAUUCCUUUGAAGGAAAAAGUGGAGACUUUUGCCGACGGAUUUUAUUAUUAUGUGAAAUGUAUUUCGAAAAAUAGUACAGUACUAUUGAAAGCGCGAUACGUAGGAAAUUAA